GGAGCGCGCAGUAGGUGCUCACUAAAGAGAGCCGCCGUUUCCAUACACGGGAGCACGCAGUAGGUACUCAUUAAAGAGAGCUUCCAUUUCUAUACACGGGAGCACACAGUAGGUGCUCACUAAAGAGCGCCGCCGUUUCCAUACACGGGAGCACGCAGUAGGUACUGAGGAGCACCGCCAUUUCUAUACACAGGGACAGUCACAGGGCCCCCUGCACUCCCCAAAUGUCUUGACUUCUGUGUGGGGUCGGGUGGACAGUACUGGGCACCAGGAAGUGGGAGGCAGCCCUGCCCACAGUCUUUCCAGGACACUGGUCUCACCACACCCGGGUGCUCCCUGUGGACGCCCAGCCAGGGCCCCCAGUCAUCUUGCUCACCAAUCCUGCUUUCAAUUUUGUUUCUUUCGAAAGCUGCACAGGAAGUUUCAUUUUCUUUUUCUCUAGAAAGCUGAUGGGGUUGGGCUGUCGAAGCUUCUGUUUCCGGAGGGAACAGCUGACACUUGCGGGCUGAAACUGGUAUCCUUCCCUGCUGAGCCCAGAGCAGCCAGAAGCCCCAGGCUCAGCCACUUGAGGAGCCUCGGCCCAGCCCGGCCCGCCGGGCCCUCUCCAGGCCUCACACAGGAGCCUUCACUGCCCCCAGGUCUGCUGGGCUCCUGGCAGCUGCUGCCAUCAUGGCUGAGGCCCCCAGGGAGCCGAGCACAGAAGGCCACCUGGAACAGAAGAUCCUGCAGGUCCUGGGGGAUGCUGGUUGCCCUGUGAGAAUCGCCCAGCUGGUGAGGCAGUGCCAGGUGCCCAAGAAGGAGCUCAACCAGGUCCUCUACCGGAUGAAGGGCGAGUCAAAAAUCUCCCUGGCAGCCCCCGCAACGUGGUGCCUAGGUGGGGAUGGGGCCGAAGACGAGGGUCCUGCCGAGCUGCCCCAGCCCAGCAGAGCUCUCUGUCCGUCUGCACCCGGGAGGCCCCAGCACAAUGGAGCUGUGGUUCUGCAGAGUCCUGACGAUCAGCUCAGUGAACAACAGGAAAGGAUCUACAGGUUUCUCCAGGAGGUCGGCAAACCCCAGAGGGCCCUGCAUAUCGCCCAGGCCCUGGGGAAGAGGACGACGAGGGAGGUCAACCCCGACCUGCACAAGAUGAAGAGCUGGCACCUUCUGGACUUCGACGAGAGGUUGAGAGCAUGGACGAUUUAUCAGCCAGGAGACGCUGGAAGGAGAAACCAGCCCAACCCAAUCAUUUACCAGCAAAACCCAGUCAACAUGAUCUGCCAGAACGGGCCGAACGGCCACAUCUCCAUCUCGCACUCGGAGGCCACCCAGAUAGGCCACGGGAAUGUCAUGGCAUGCGUGGCCUGUGGGGAGGACGGUCCCACCGCGCUCCCCUGCCUGCCUCCACCAGGACCAGGGGACUCAACUCAGGGGCCCCCGGCUGGCACCUGGGGGACCCAGGACAUCCACAUGGAGCGGACCCUGCUCCGACGGGUACAGCUGGGACACGGCAAUCAGAUGAGCCUCCACGGCACCCCCGCGGACAGCCCUGCCCACGACCCUGCUGGCAGCCCCCCAGUCUCUGCCACCACUGCCGGCCCAGAAGUGUCAUUUGAAGCACACACGCCCACAAUGGGGCCUCACGCCGAUGGGCAUGUGGCCCAGAGAGUCCACAUCAAGUCGUGCUUCCUUGAGGACACCGCCAUCGGCAACAGCAACAGAAUGACCGUGGACCUGGAGGCAGCUGGUCCAGGAGCAGCAGCAGGGCCUGGAGCCGGGGAGCCGGGAGCAGAUGCAGGGCCUGGAGCCGGAGAGCCGGGAGCGGAUGCAGAUCCUCGUUCUGAAGCCCCACAGCCCAGAAGCAAUGUCCUCGGUGACAGUGGCCAGCCUGACCCCGGCAACAUCGAGGCACCCACCUCACAGCUGGAAGUGCUGACUCUUGAAAAGGAGCCUGUAACUGCAGAGCGCCAUGGCUUGGUGGGUGGGAGCCCGGCUGCAGGGAGCCAGCGGGGGACUGGGGUUUGAACAGACAGCUCCAGGCCAGAGGCCGGGCGCAGGCAAGCGCUGGAGGGCUGACAUGGCGCCUCUGCCCUCUGUAAUGUCCCUUUGACCCCCUACUUCCUGACACCUGGCCAGCAUGAGCCAGGGUGAGGCUUGGCCUAGGUGGCGUCUCCCAGUGGCCAGGAACAGACACCAGACAGGCACCUGGGCACCUGGGUACGUGCAGCCAGCAGCCAGCCCAGCUCCGGGUCAUCACAGCAUUAGGGCGGCCUGCCGUGGUCUGAGCACUGGUGUCCUUCCAGUGUCCAAGCUGACACCAGACCCCCAGGUGACAAUGUCAAGAGGUGGGGCCUUGGGAACCAGCAGUUAGCGUAAUGGCUAUGUCGCUGGACUCCCACGUAGUCGACCGCGGUUCGUGUCCCGGACCCGGUGGCUUAAAACUCACGCCGGGCGCGUGUGCGUGCGUGCCCAAGA